AAAAUGGCUCGCCAACUCUACAUUGCUCAAAACUGCAGUUAUUCUUGCGACACGAACGGCAAUAGAGGCAAUCCCCACGCUCGAAAUUACUCCGCUUAUCUGCUGGAAUUCUUCGCUGUUUAUUGGUUUACUUCUACCAGAAUUGUUGGUUAACUGCGUGGAAGAAAUCUCGCUUCUAAAAGAUAAACUGUUUUGCCAGACGACACAGCCACAUGGACGAAAAUGAUUUCAACGAGAACUCGAGAAGAGAACCUGCUGCAACUGAGGUCAAGAGGAAAGGAUUGGCUUUGCUCAUUUACGACUUGAAGCAUCGCGAGUUGAUUCCGGUGAAAGUUCUGACUUUUAUCCUUUUUGCAGGCAUAGGAUCGCUAUUCUCGUUCAUCACCAUCCACAUGAAAUCGUUGGGAAUGACCGUCGAAGAGACGGGCAUUAUCAACAGUGUUUCUUCAGUUGCAGCCGUUUUUGCGCCUUUCUUCCUUGGCUUGAUUGCCGAUAAAGUUGGAAAUUUCAGGGUGAUGAUGUGCGUACUGACCACGAUUGUGGUUGCUGUAUCACUUCUCUUCGUGGUGAUCCCAGUCGGAAGAAUCCCGCACAAGUUCCCGGAUAGCAUGACGUUGGCAGUUGGAUGUGGAAACGAAACGAGCGACUAUCGUUCACCACAUCCUGAGGUGACAGACCUCGACUCGACUACGUGCCACUUGAAAUCACCCAAAGGCAACCAAAGCACAACCAAUGUUCCGGCCGUACUCGAAGCAUGCGGUUACGUCUGCUACAACCAAAAUCGAACGCCGGAUCCCUUCCAUGUAGAGGCCAAUCCCUUGCCAACGCAAGAAAUGCUCAAUGUCGAGGAACUUCCCGCGGCUAGUUUUCGUGAUUCUAUUUUCUUUUCCCAAAACUGGACUCUGGGUUUGGUUUGCUUCUUGGGCGAAGUAGAUACUUGCUCCUUCUCUAGUGAUUACUCCACAAAAGUAUCAUUGAAUUUCACCUUUGGUCUAGUUCCAUCUGCCAAAUCAACCAGAAUGUUCUCCUUACCAUUGAUCGCUGUGGAUAGCGAAGACGAACAGAAGAUGAGAAAUGUCUACUGUACAUCCAACAAUAGAAAUUACAAGUUCCGGCAGAAUCACCAUUACCAAGACAUCAAUCAAACGGACCACAACAACACCAUCUACCAAAUUUGCAAGCCUGAAUGCAUUGUUCGUGUCAAUCGCUCCGAUUUAUGCUCUAAUAUGGUUGAAUACGAAAACAUCGAUCCUAAGCUCACGUUCGGGCUUUACAUGGUUGUUCGCUUGUUGUUUGACACGUCGUGCGGAGUGCUGGAUCUCUUUGUGGCAGCAUCUGUGGCACUGGUCAACCAAGUAGGCGGCGAUUACGGUUUCCAGAGGAUGUUUGGAUUUAUUGGGGUCGCCAUUUUCUCUCCAAUUUCCGGAGCCUUGAUUGACUAUUUCAGCUCGGAUACCAACACUCAAGGCAAUAUUCGGCCUGCUUUCUACCUAUUUGCUGGUUUAUUUACAAUUGCAGCCAUCGUCAUGUUGAAGAUCAAUCUUGAUUUUAAACUUCCAGCGAAAUCUCCAUUCAAAGAUGUGACAUCUUUGUUGAAAAACGUCGAAUUGGACCUGUUGUUGUUCGCCGGCUUCCUUUCAGGAAUCGCCCAUGGUUACGGGAUUUUCUGGACUUUUCCCUUUUUGGAAGAGAUUGGGGGUACCAAAUCUUUGAUGGGGCUAUCCAACACGCUCCAGUCGUUAGCUUCUAUCCCGUUGCUCAUCUUUUCUGACCGCAUCUUUCGAAAGCUGAGCCACCCAAAUGUAAUAACUAUCUGCUUUGGAGCAGGCAUGAUCCGAUUUAUAGGAUACUCGUUUUUGUACGACCCGAACUUGUGUCUUCUGUUUGAGCCAAUGGAAGCCAUUUCCAGUACUCUGAUACGCACGGCGCUCAUAACGUAUGCAAAUGAGCUAGGGACGACGACUAACGUGGCUUCUAUUCAAGGACUGUUAUCAGGAAUCACUUUCGGACUAGGCUGGGGAGUAAGCAGCUAUGGCGGAAGCCUACUUAUUGAUGGGUAUGGCCAGCGAGUGACUUUCCGCGUGUUGGGUGUCAUGUCGUUCAUCGCUGGGUUCAUCUACUUGCUCUUUAAUUUUUUGUACUUGCGUCCAAAGAAAAACCAGCAAAUAACCGAGAGCAAUGCCCGCUUAGGUUUGAACGGGAAGAUCGAGACUUCCCAGUAACCCCCCCCCCUUUUUUUUUGAAAAAUUCCAGAUGAAAAUCCACUCUUAUUUAAUUCGUAUGUCUCUUUGACUACUAAUCCAGCGUUUUGCUACAAUUGCUGAAGUUGUCUAAAAAAUGUGAUCAAAGUAUUUGUGAUUUUUACGUAAGAUUGGCUGAAACAAGAUGAAAUAGAACGCGCAAGUGAU